CAGCUGUGUAUUACGUGUAGACAAGCACAGAUGUUCGUACGAGAGAAUGCACGGGAAGCAGAUCAGUCAGAGUGAAACACGUGAUGCUCGGUCUCGUCAUGGUCUAUCCACUGGCUGGUGGCGAUCUCUCUGGCUCUCCAAGUCCAUCCCUCUGGGGGACCCAAGCGCUCACAACCCAAACCAACUAGUGUCCGGAAACGCGUCCCAUAUCCUUGUUCCCUUCGCUGUUCGCCUCUCUUGCCUUCUGUUCUUGUGUUGGUUGGGAUAGAGCAGCGUCCACUGCUCCCGAACGCCGUCAUCGUGAGCCCCUCGCGCGGGUAGCAUCAUGUCUUCGAACCCACCCUCGGCCGCCUCGUCCUCCAAAGCUUCCGCGCCCGCCGCUCCACAAUCGCCCGCGCAGAACCAGUCCGCGUCUGCGACAGUCAACUUCUUCGGCCAGCAGCGGGGUAGUCUUCCCUUCAAGAACUCCCCGGCGCCGAGGAACAACCAGACGGCCAAGAAGCAGAACAAGGGCUCCAAGAAGUUUCGACAGUCCGAUGAGGAUACCAUUGCUGAGUCGCUCGCCAUGCGUCCAUUCAGCAAUCGGAAGGGCCAGACGUCCAUAACCCAUCUCAUGAACUUCAACCUCCCGCCUCGUCCGCAGAACCACCACCACCACCACCACCAUGACCGUCAUGGCCAGGGCAGGAGCUAUCGACGCGCUCCUACUUGGGGCGUUGGCUCUGGUUACCAUGCGACUGACAAAGCGAGAUACGUACACGCGAACUACCGCUUUAUUGUCGAUCCGCGUGGUGACUAUCGCGCUCAAGGCGUCGACGCCGAUAUCCAUCUGGACUGGAACAACGUCCUCCAGAUCUUGGCCUCGUCAGUCUCUCAGGACGCGUCAUGUCCCAUCUGUCUCGGAACUCCGGUAGCUCCGAGAAUGGCCAGAUGCGGGCAUAUCUUCUGUUUGCCUUGUCUCAUACGCUACAUGCAUUCGGAAGACGAAGACAAGCAGCCUGUGAAGAGGGCUCGUUCGAAGAAGUGCCCGUUGUGCUUCGACACCAUCUACGCCACCGAGACGAGACCUGUACGCUGGUACGUGGGCCAAGAAGGAGAGCCGCCGCGGGAGGGUGGGGAUGUGGUCCUUCGACUGGUGAUGCGCUCAGCUGGAAGUACGCUGGCCAUGCCUCGCGAUGGCGCCGAGGUUCUGGGCAAGGACGAAGACAUUCCCUGGUACUUUGCUGCGGAGGUCAUGGAUUAUGCGCGGGUACUUCGAGGCGGGGAGGACUACAUGAUGCAACAAUUUGACAAGGAGAUCGUCGAAUUGCGUCAGCAGGCACAGGAGGAUGAAAUUAUGUUCGGCGAAGACAACGUGUACUGGGCAAAGAAGGCUAUAAGCAGUAUCCAGGAGUCGAAAGAGAAGAUCCAGGGCAUUGGAAAUCCGCCAGAGUCUGCGCUUAAGCCAGCAGAGCCAAAACCGAAGAGGGCACCUAUUGUUUUCCGUGAGGAUGCACCGGAGUUCUUUCCUUCUGGCCAGGAGACCAAUGGAGAGUCUGGAUCAACGCCCGGUGAGAACAGUCAGCAGCGGAAGAUGUCGAUGUCUUCGCAGACAUCGCGCACGAGCGUGCCAGCAACACUCGCCGAGAUUCGCAAUCGACAACAUCACGAUCAGAGCCGUACACCGUCCGAGUACUUCUUCUACCAAGCGCUCAUGCACUAUUACCUGUCUCCACUUGACAUACGCAUCCUCAAAGCUGCUUUUGAGAACUUUGCAGCGUUCCCUGCGACGAUUCUGCCGCGCGUCGAGCGUGUCUCGACCGGUCACGUUGUUGAUGACGAACUCAGGAAACGCACAAAGUACCUUGCACAUUUGCCAUACGGCUGCGAGGUCAGUUUCUUGGAAUGCGAUUGGACUGAUACCGUGGCGCCUGAGGUUCUAGAACGCUUCAAGCCUGACAUUGAGAGGAGAAGGAAGAAGCACGAAGACAAGGAGGGCCGUGAAGAGAAGGCGAGAUUGCGGGCGGAGAAGGCUGAGUACGCUGAGUUCAACUCAGCCCGGAGGAAGCGACCCAGUAUAUCUGAGCGCUUCUCUGCCGCCGACUUUCUGCCACUGGCGUCUGCCAGCAAUCCGGACGGCCAGCCCACCACCGACGGCGAAGAUGCAUCGACAUCACCACCCUGGCCAGCUCGUCGCGGCGAAGGAUUCGCUUCCUUGGCUUCACCAUCUACGAGCCCUUCUGCUCCACGCACCGUCUGGGGCACUACAGCUGUGGUAGGGGCUUCGCCGGUGCUUGCUCCUUUGGAUCACGACGGUGACGAUGGCUGGCUGCAAGGGUGGGAGAAGGACUUGUUGCAAGAAGAAGAGAUGAUUGCUCAGGCGCAGGCUAUGUCGUUGGGUGAGGAGGGAGAGUCAUCGACAGCAGCGAAGAAGCCCGCAGGUGGGAAGGGCAAGAAAAAAAAGAAAAUCACACUCAUGAGCACGAAUGUGCGGAGAGGAGCGUAACAGCCCCUAGUCAUUUAGCGAUAUUCUACUGAGUAGCACGGCGCGAAAGGUCAAAUGUAAACAUUUAAC